AUGUCUUCAAGAAGAGAAUCGCUCGCUGCGUCUAAAAUACCAAGGAAAUCAAUUACAAGUAAGCUUGGCCAGAGAGUAUCAAUCAGCAAAAACGAACUCACACGUCGUAGCUCUGCUGCCAAAAAUAUUCUCCAAUCAAAUGAACCUGUUAAGAGCAAUAUUCCAACAGUUCGAUCAUCAAAGAAGGUUCAUAAAGAGAAAGUAGUGAAAGAAGCUGUCGAAAUACCAGUUGAAAAGGUUGAUGAAGUAAUUGUGAAGGAGAAGCCAACAUUUACAAUGAUUCCACCAACAGCCAAUGAAGCAGAGUCAACUGAAAUAUUGAUGAAUGCCAUUAACCUCAUAUAUGAAGAAAAUAUGCCAGAAAACAAGGUUCAAUUCUUCACAAACUAUGCUCAAGCUAUGCUCAAAUUUAGCCAAUCAUCUCAGUUACUUAGCAUUUCUUCUACAUGCAUGACAGCACUCUUCCAAGAAAAAUUUGAAGCAGUUCCAUCAGAAGUUCUUGCAGAAGUCUUAUCAUUAUGCUUCUCUAUUAAUUGUGGUGAUAUCUUCCUUGAAGGAGAGGAUUCUUUUGAAGCUCAGGAGUCAAUCAAAGGCUUCAUCAACCAAUCAAUCGAAAAUACGCCAGUUAAGACAUUGGUUAAGUCAAUUUGCUCAAUAAUCCAACAAUCAUCAGGAAACAAGUUACAAUUUAUCCUCGAUUCAUUGAAGGAAUCUGAUAAUCUCAAAUCUGCUGCCGAAAUUGAACUUCGUGCUAUCAGUGAUGUAUUAUCAUCUUUUCAUCCUGAAAUAACUCUUCCUGAAUUCUUACCAGAGCCAUCAAUUCCAGAUGUUUCCGAUAUUACAAAAAUCAAAGGUCAAAGUAACGAAAAUGUCAGUGUUGAAGAGAGCAUUGCAAGACUUUUGAAUGAAGAAGUGGUUGGUGAUGAACUUCUUAGACUUGUUGCCAAUUCAAAGGAUGGAAAAUUCGAAGAAUUUCCGGCUUCAAUUAGAGUUGUACUUCAUGCUGCAUGGAACGAGGCAUCACCUUGCCCCAAUGAAGAAGAAUUGCUCGAACAAGCUCAGUUCUUCCUCGAUACCCAUCAAUCUUCUGAAUAA